GGUGUUUCCUUCGUCUCCAAGCGAAAGACGACUCCGCCUGCUACUGCCCCUGAGAUCUCCAUCCAUACUCCAAUUCCUUUUUUCUUAUUGCCUUUUUUAGUUUAUUGGUAGGGUUUAGCUCAUUUAAUUGCGGCCGUCUUCGUUCUCUCCCUUGAUCUGGAUUUUUCACGGAAUCAAAGGAAUUUUUGAUCCGUGAGGGUAAGUUCCGCGCCAAGGAGGUUACUUCGUCUCCCUUUGAGAUUGAUUCCUGGAACUUCUCUUCUUAAGGAACAAUGGAUGUGCUAGAAUCAGCUCCUCCACCGGUAAAAGAGAGUGUGUCAUCCUUUCAUUGCGAUCAGUGCGAUAAGGAGUUGGUGCGAAAGAUAGCACGACUACUGCUGCCUGGAUUGGCCACAGCUUGUGUGGACAAUACCACUGGUCUGUUCACGGGUCCAGCUUCUGUUGCUGUCAUUGUGAGGAAGGAGAUGGUAGACUAUCUCACACAACGAAGUCAGAUGUACAUUGCAGAAGCUGCAGUCCAAGGAGGUGAUGGCAUCAAUUCGGUGGAAGAAUUAUCUGAUCACCCGAUUGACAUCAUAUCCGUUCUUGUUGAAGAGUUUGCAAGUUCGAAACGGAAUUUGUUCAGCCGUGUUUCGGGGUGGUUGUUGAGUGAAAGCCGAGAAGAGAAGAUUGAUGAUUUUGUGCAGGAAAUGGAGACAAAUGUGUUCUGGUCAAUGGAGAGGAGAGAAGCCAUCGCAGAAAUUCUGCUCGGGAAUGUAGACUUGAACUCUACAUUCCACUGCUCGAUGAAGUUCGAUACUGCCCAACAACUUGCUGACCACAGAAGCCAAUGUGGUUUCAGGAUAUUAAAUUGCACGAAUGCUGGAUGUAAGGCUAAAUUUUCUGCUAUUCAUGCAGAAGAACAUGACUUAGUGUGUCAUUUUAAGGUCAUCCCGUGUGAGCAGAUGUGCUCAGAGAGCAUCAUGAGGGGUGAGAUGGAUAGACACUGCAUAACUGUCUGCUCGAUGAAGCUUGUCAACUGCCCUUUCUACCAAGUUGGCUGUGAAUCUGCCUUUCCACAAUGCAAUCUUGGGAAGCACUGCACAGAAUUUCUCCAGUCACAUUUGAUGAAUGUCCUCCAAGUGGUUCACAAGCAAGGGGCCUCGGUGGAAGAACUAAAUCAGCGUGUGCAACUAUUGGAAAAGUCCCAGUCCCUAAGUGAAUUAUCUGAAGCUUUGGAUGUGAGAUCGCUUGUGCUCAUCAUUAAGGAGCAAGAAGCAAAGAUGAAGAAACUUGAACGCGAUCUCUGUAAGGUCAGGGAUCAUCAAGAGCUUAUCAAGAAUGUAAAAUGAGUCAUUGUGGUUCUUCUGCCCCACUCUUGUUUUUGGAUGACAGAAGAUGUCUCCUCUCUCUGUAAAGUAUAUGGAUUUGCACAGGUAUUGUUAUUAUUUCUAACAAAUAUGAGAAGAUUUCACCAAAAUAUGAUAUUUAUUGACCAAUA